UAUGUUUCACGUUGGUCGUGAAACGCCUAAAUUGAAUGGAUUAUUAAAGACAACGUGCAACGACGAAGAUUACGAUGACUUUAACGAUUUUGAUGCAAAUGAAGAUGAUGAAUUUGAUGGUGAAAAAAAUUCAACAAAAACAUCAGCGAAAUUUAGGAAACGUCGAAAACGAGAUGCUGCUAAUGAUGAUAAUGAUAAUGAUAAAAAUCAUAAUGUGGAAAGCAAAGAGGAAGAGGAUAUUUUUAGUGAUUUAGGAAUAUGUAUAGGUGAUAUUAUGCCAGCUGUACGUGAGAAAUAUCCGAAAAAAUUAAUCGCUAUCAAAAUUUAUUCUACACGUAUACCAACCGUAACAUUAUUGGCUGAAAAUAAUGGUAUAGCAAGGAUAGAUUUGAAACUUGAAGCUGUAUUAUAUAUUGAUGAUAGCGGUGAAACAGUUGGCACAAUACUUAUUAGUAGUAUAAUUGAUGGAAAUGUUCAAAUAUCAGGAAAUCAUGUUCGUGUUCUAAUUGAAAUUCAAUCGUUGAAAUUUGUUGAUAAGGAUGACACUCUUGGAUUACCAUCGGAUGCAUUGGAUAAUUUAGCUAAUUUAUCCAAGGAUAUCAUUGCUCAG